AUGAAUGAUUUUCAACGCGAUAAAUGCAGACAAAUCAUUUCAAAUCUUAAAGAAAAUCAGCUUGCUUCAACAUUCAUUCUUCCUAUAGAUACUACAGUUCUUCCGGAUUAUGAUACUAUCAUUCAAAAGAAAUUAUCAUUAUCAGAGAUAGAAUCCAAUCUUUUAGAUCAUAAAAUUAAAUCGCUCCAUGAAUUUCGUAAUGAUACAUUGCUUGUAUUCGAUAAUUGCAUAAAAUAUUGGACCAGAAGAGCCAAAGAAGAAAAAAGAGAGCCAGCCGCCGAUGUCUACGUUAGCAUAGCUUCAACACUCAAAGAUGAAUUUCUUAAAACUUUCAAUGGAAUUCCAACUACUCGUGAAAACGAGUGGCUCUUAAAUGUUACCAAACUUGCACAACAACUUGCCGAUACACGCGCUAUAUUGGUCAAAGAAUUAAAUUCAAAGAUGCAAAAUUUAAAGUAG